CUCUAGAUAGCGUAGGACAAAAUGCUUCUCUCGGGAAUUUAUACGUUUGCUCUUUUGUUUCAAAUACACAGCUACAAAGUUUCUUUAGCAACAGAACCUAUGUGUUCAAAAUUUUCUUGCCAGGAACAACUUUUGGAAAAAAUGAUACGGACAGAAAUUAAGAUAGAAAGUAUUGAAAACGAAAUAAAGAAAACUCAAAACACAGUUUUGGACACUUUAAGCGAAGUAAAGAAGACAGUUGACAACAUAAUGGAAGAGAUGGAAGGAAAGACUAAAGACAUGGAACAGAGAGAAGAAUUCUUCAGAAACGCAUUUGAGGGACUACGAACGAAUUUUACAAACGACAUGGAAAAUCAGAAGAACUCUCUCAACGAAUUCCGAGAAAACAUGAAGAAGCCUUCCGUCGCUUUCUAUGCGAACCAUGUGACAGAUCUGGCCCUUCGCACUGACAAAAUCAUUGUAUUUGAUACCACCAUAACUAAUGAGGGUUCUGGGUACGAUGCUUCAACGGGGAUCUUCACGGCACCUGUCGGAGGAUUAUACCAAUUUACUACCCAUGUUUGUGUACACAAUGGGAAGCAUUCUUUCAUCGGCUUGGUGGUUGAAGGUAACGUGAUUGCGAAAGAUUCUAAUUAUGACCUUAACUACUAUACCUGCAGUUCGGUAGGAGCAGUAGUCAGAGUGAAAUCGGGAGAGCAAGUUUGGAUAAAGUGUACCUCAGGAUCUUCGUCCUAUAAGUUAUACGAGGACAGUACGAUGACGAACAGCUUUAGUGGAAUCCUGCUUAAUAACUAGACGAUAAAUAUUCAGAUUUCUUCUACAAAAGUUGACGAAUGAUUUAUAUGUAACAUGCCCUUAUAUUUUUGUUUUUAUGUUGUAAGAUGUUUAUGAACAGGAGAUGUAUUUCGAGUGAAACAGCAUGGUUGGUGAGACAAAACUGUAGUUCUGUAGACUGUUUUUUUUUGCAAUAACUAUUGUUAAUAACCCUUUUUGAGUAAGUCUGUUAUAACAGUUAUAGAUAUUAGAUGUGAUACAUUGCUGAACAAGCUGACUUUUACUUCCAUCUGUUUUGUCUCGAGAAACUUAUUCAGAUAUGAUGUCUAAGUACAAUGGGAACUUGUAGAAAGACAAAAACUUUCCAAUUUAUGCCAUGUAAAUAUUAAAUCACUUCCUUUGUAUGGUUUAUGCCAAAACCGAUGUUAAAUCUUUGGAAAUAUACUUUGAUAGAAUGUUCUGGUUUUGGCUUCACCAAGAUAACCAUGUUAUACACUUACCUGGUAUUUUAUUGAAUAAUUGUCAUUAGAAUUAAGUAAUUAAAAAUAUGUUUUAUCUAAGAUAGGUUAUAUCAGUUCAAACUGUUUCGUGUUUGGAACAUCAGCAAUUUCCAUUCGUUACACCGUAAAACAAAGUUGUCUUACAUUAUCUAAGGUAGUGGACCUGUAAUGAAACUCGACAAUUUCCGUGAUUCCCAUUAUGCAGUUCGGCAUUCUUCGGUAGCGCAAUGCGCAUAUGACAUGCCGUAAAAAACGGAGAAUGCCGAAAUUGCAUGCGUAGAUUACGUACUUUGCCGAUUGGCAUUACGGAUCCAUUCCUUUUAAUAAACGGUAUACUAUAGUAAAAAGUACCUAAGAACUAUACACAAUUCAAGCAUAACUUUGGUUUUGUUUUUUUUUUUCCUGAAAUUGCGCUAUAGACGAAUUUACAAUGCCGUUGGUUGCCCCGGAGUUUUACCGGAUGUAUUGAUUUUCAUGCGCAUUCGCAUUGUGGUGCAUCGGUAAUUUGCCCAAUUUCCCUAAGUAUUUCUGCAUUGUUUUCCUUUUAAGUAAUAAUCUGUUCUUUAAAUUGAAAAAACUGCAGUAACAGCAAUUAUUUGUAAU